UCGCAGUGGGAUUUGGGAAUAGGCUGGGCGUUAGUGCGUGACGCUUCGAAAACCUUUCCCAAUUGAAAGUUAAAACCCUUCUCAACUCAACUUGAAACGGCAGUCAUGGAAUCCGCCACUGUUUUGUCUUCAAGCUUCACUUUUACUUCUCUAGCGUCCUCCUUCUUCGGCUCCUCUGUUUCCAGAAUUCGACCUCACUUUCCAUUUUGCACUAGAAUGAAGGGUAUCUGUGCAUCAGAGAAUGCACCUCAGGUCGAACUCACCAAGCCAAAGGAAGCUAAGCUAUGGGGUGGCCGAUUCGAGGACAGUGUCACCGAUGCCGUCGAGAGAUUCACUGAGUCGAUCUCAUACGAUAAGCAGCUAUACAAACAUGAUAUCAUGGGAAGUAAGGCACACGCGGCAAUGCUAGCUCAUCAGGGACUGAUUAGCAUGAGUGAUAGGGAUCGGAUUGUUGAAGGUCUUGAUGAGAUAGAGAGGCGCAUAGAAAAUGGCGAGUUCAAUUGGAGGACUGACCGUGAGGAUGUCCAUAUGAACAUCGAAGCGGCACUUACUGAUAUGAUCGGGGAGCCUGCAAAGAAGCUGCACACUGCCCGGAGCCGAAAUGAUCAAGUUUUGACUGACUUUCGCCUUUGGUGUCGUGAUGCCGUUGAUAACAUCAUCACAUUCAUAAGACACCUCCAGACCUCACUGGUGAACUUGUCUUUGAAAAACGAAGGGCUUAUUGUGCCUGGUUACACUCAUCUGCAGCGUGCCCAGCCAGUUUUGCUUCAGCAUCUUCUACUUGCUUAUGUUGAGGAGCUUGAUCGCGAUGCUGGUCGUUUAGCAGAUUGUAGGACUAGGAUGAAUUUCUGCCCAUUAGGGGCUUGUGCAUUGGCUGGUACUGGUCUCCCGAUUGAUCGAUUCAUGACCUCAGAUGCUUUAGGAUUUACAGCUCCAUUGAGAAAUAGUAUUGAUGCUGUUUCAGACCGGGAUUUUGUAUUGGAGUUCCUUUCUGCCAAUGCCAUCACAGCAGUUCAUCUUUCUCGACUUGGUGAAGAAUGGGUACUGUGGGCUUCUGAGGAGUUUGGAUUUAUCACACCAAGUGACUCUGUUUCAACUGGAAGUAGUAUCAUGCCUCAGAAAAAGAACCCAGAUCCAAUGGAACUUGUGCGUGGGAAGUCUGCCAGAGUCGUGGGAGACUUGGUUACUCUUCUCACUCUAUGCAAAGGGCUUCCACAUGCUUAUAAUCGUGAUCUGCAGGAAGACAAAGAACCUGUAUUUGACAGUGUUAAAACUAUACUGGGUAUGCUUGAGGUAUCAGCUGAGUUUUCACAGAAUAUCUCAUUCAAUCAAGAGAGAAUACAAAAGGCUUUACCUGCCGGUCAUCUUGAUGCAACAACACUUGCUGACUAUCUUGUUAAGAAGGAAGUCCCAUUCAGGACAUCUCAUGAUAUUGUAGGAAGAGCCGUUGCCUUGUGCGUGUCAAAGAAAUGCCAGCUUCAGGACCUGAGUCUUGAUGAGCUGAGGAGUAUAAGCAUAGUUUUUGAUGAGGAUGUAUAUGAAUUUCUUGGGGUAGAAAAUGCAAUCAAAAAGUUUAGCUCCUAUGGUUCCACUGGGUCAGCAUGCGUAGCCAGCCAACUAAAUUAUUGGGUAACAAAGCUUGAAAUCCGAUGAAGGUGGUGAUGAUCAUCAUGAAUUUCUCCCCACUGUGGGGGCCUUUGUUGACUUAUAAGAUAUUAAAAAACAUACAAUAUUAUAUUCUCCAUGGUUAAGAAUGCAACACAUAGGUAGUAUGAGGAUAUCUUGAAAUCUAUGUUGUGUAAUCAUGAUGCUGCAUGGAAAGCACUAGUAUUGUCUUUGCUUUUGAAGAUGUAGAAAGAACUCAUCAUUAUUCAUAAAUGAGUGGGAGAAACCCGAUCCAUCAUUCCUGGCCUUUGAGCGCUGUGCUGCUUGGAUGCUCCAGGAUCUCAGACGGGAAUUUAUUCAUGCAAUGGUUAGACAAAAAGUAAUCAAACAUUUUUACAUCUAGCACAGGGGCUUGUUGUUUAUCUAUAAGCUCAUUCUGUUGAGCUAGUUUUUACUUUGGUUAAGAAGUGGUUAAAGGGGCACGUGACUUAUGUGUCAAGUCAUGAUGAGUCAACAGCCGAACUCUAGUCUUAUGGCUACCAGUACUUGAUUCUGUAUUUCGAUGCCAUGAAAUAAUAAGAUCACCUAGAUUCUGGCACUCA